AUGCAGUUGCAAGAACCACUGACUGGAUAACUGUGAACAGGACAGAAUCAACAAGGUAAAGUUCACCUCUGGUUCACGCAGGCACAGGGACUCCUCUGGAGAUUAAAGCAGCUGAAGGUGCAGUGAUUCCUGUCAGUGAGUAAAUAUCAUCAUGGACUGUACCCAGUGUGGAAAUGGAAAUGCAGAUGCCACAGUGGAGACGGAGGGGAACAUGAACACUGCCAAAGAAAAACAUGAUGAAGUUGUGCCUGUGCGUAAAGCAUCCUGGGAGCCCAGUGUGCUGUCCACCAUUGGAAAGGAAAUCCAUUAUUUCGCCGGUUAUGAGAUCAGCAUCUGGGAGUCUCUCGAUUCAUUUGGUUCGGUCAUCUGGCCAGCAGCUCUGGCUCUGUGUCACUACCUUGAGUCCAAUCGAGCAACGGUUGACCUUGUUGACAAGGCGGUGCUAGAGAUUGGAGCCGGCACAGCUCUCGUGUCCAUUGUGGCCAGUCUGUUAGGUGCUUGGGUGACAGCAACGGACCUUCCUGAUGUCCUCGGGAACCUGAGAUCCAACCUGUCCAGAAACACACGGGGGCGCUGCAGAUACACGCCACAGGUGGCCGAGCUCUCUUGGGGUUAUGAGCUGGAUAAGACCUUCCCUCGUUCAGUCUACAAAUACGACUACAUAUUAGCAGCCGACGUUGUCUACCACCACGACUUCCUAGCGGAAUUACUGGUCACCAUGCGCCACUUCUGCCAGCCGGGAACAACCCUCAUUUGGGCCAACAAGAUCCGCUUUGAUUCCGAUCUGGUGUUUGUGGAGAACUUUAAAAAAGCAUUCAACACCACCCUGCUGGCAGACAACGGAGAGGUCAAGAUUUACUCUGCCACCACAAGAGAAGAAAGUGGCCUAGGGAUGGCAAAAGAGACUGAAGAGGUUGCGAGGAAAGGAGUGGAUGAAAAGGUCAACCAUAAGUCAAAGAAAGAGAUGAAUGAAGGGGAGACCAAAUGGACAGAACAAAAAUAUGAAAAGAAAGAUGUACAGUUUAGAGAAGAACAAGCUACAGGGUUUGUUGACCAGGAGGAAACAUCAAAGUUGGAAGAUGGAAAUCUGAACAGUAUCAAAGAAGAGGAGGACAACACAAACUGUGAAACCGAGCCUGUGGAUAGCGGAGAUGAAGACAACGACAGCUCCUGUGAGACAGAUUCAACGUUUGUAGAGCAGAAAUCUGAAGGAACCACAGAGAAUGAUAAACAACAGUACACAAGAUCCUGGGCACCGACUAUUUACUACAGACCCGGGAAAGAAGUUUACAACUUUUUGGACCAGGAAAUUAUAAUUCAGGAGUCCAUUGAUUCUUAUGGUGCCACUAUAUGGCCAGCGGCGCUUGCACUUUGCAGAUUCUUGGAAACACCGCAGGGUCGUCAACGCAUCGAUUUACUCGACAAAUCAGUUCUUGAACUUGGAGCUGGAACCGGCUUACUUUCGGUUGUCGUCACGUUAUUGGGUGCCAAACUAACAGCAACGGAUUUACCCGAGAUUCUAAGUAACCUGACAUACAACCUCAACAGGAACACGAGAGGCCGGCGGAGACACGAGCCCCUGAUUGCAGAACUGUACUGGGGACACAAGCUGGACGAGAACUUCCCCAAAUCCACACACCACUAUGAUUAUGUGUUGGCAACCGAUGUGGUCUAUCACCACGACUUUCUGGCCGAGCUGCUGGUCACCAUGCGUCACUUCUGCCAGCCUGGAACUACCCUAGUCUGGGCGAACAAGGUCCGCUAUGCCUCGGAUCUGGGCUUUAUCGACAACUUCCUUAGAUAUUUUGAAAUCACACUCCUUGAAGAGCUGGAUGAUGUGAGGAUUUAUAUAGCAACCUGCAAGACAUCUGAGCAGGAAGGUCACCAGGUUCAAGAAAUGAACGAGGAAGAGGAGGACCUUGAGUCAAGCAAGCAGGAUACUGGGGAACCAAACUCUACAAGCAAGAUAGUGGAACAUCUGGAGUGUGAUGAUACUCAGAGUUUAGAAAAUGAGAUGGAUGAGGCACAAGUAGACGAAGAACUCCAGGACUUGGGAAGACCUGCAGAGGAAGAGGAAGAAGCUGUUCCUGCCAAGAAAGAACCAACAGAGCGUAGUUCCUGGGCUCCUGCUGUCUACUGCAGACUUGGCAAGGAGAUCUACUACUUUCUGGGUUAUGAAAUCAAAAUUCAGGAGGGCAUUGACAAUUAUGGUGGUGUGGUAUGGCCAGCGGCAUUGGCCCUUUGCCGAUUCCUGGACACCCCAGCAGGCCGAGAGCAGAUUAAUCUAUUUGACAAAUCAACACUGGAGCUUGGAGCAGGAACAGGCCUCGUCUCAAUAAUUGCCACACUUCUAGGUGCUAAACUGACAGCCACGGAUCUGCCAGAAAUCCUUGGUAAUCUGACAUGUAACUUGAACCGGAAUACCCGUUGGAAACGGAGACAUGAGCCUCAGGUUACAGCAUUGACAUGGGGCUACAAACUGGAGGAGACGUUUCCCCAUUCCACCCAUCAUUAUGAUUACGUGCUGGCAGCUGAUGCAGUCUAUCACCACGACUGCCUCUCUGAGCUGCUUGAGACCAUGAGUUACUUCUGUCAAAAGGGGACAACUGUAAUCUUUGCUAACAAGGUGCGGUACCAGUCAGAUGUGGUAUUUAUUGAGAACUUUCAUAAAGCUUUUAACGCCACAUUACUGACAGAGCUGGAUGAGGUGAGGAUUUACUCAGCUACCAUGAGAAUCUGAUCAUGUGAACUUUAACGCACCGCUUCAAGGUGGCUUUCUGAACUACACUGCUGGCACAGGUAGAGGAGGUGAAGAUAUGCAUGGUUGUGGCUCACGUUUGCUUAAGGAGCCAAUGCCAUAUUCACACUGCAGACAAUUCCCAUUUGUUUUUUUGAAAUCAAUUUUAAGGACUGACUGUCAACACCGAUGUUUGUACGUUACCAAAUCAGUAUCAUCAGGCAAUACAUUACUUAAUACAUUAGAUACAUUAAUUUGGCAUCCAGACACAAACAAAGCAGUAAGCCCCAAGAAGCUGUGGUUUACAGCGAAUUUAUAACAGCUAAGGGACGUUGUUAGGCACAAUGAAAACCGGAGUGCCUAAAACUCUCUUAGCUGUUAUAAAUUCACUGUAAACCACAGCUCUACGGGGCUUUAUUGCUUUUAUAAAACUGUUAUUCCAUUUACGUAGUAAGGUUUCACAAAAUAAAACAGAGAAAUUAGUGUAAUGACAUUAAUAAAAAAAACAUUCUUCUGCCAAACAAUGAAGUUUCUUAGAUUGGUUGCCGAGCAACAUACAGACGUAAACAAAGGUGUAUGUUUGUAGAGUAAUGUACAACAGCUUCGAAUGUGGCUCAACCGAUCAGAAUCAAGGACCGGAACUACCCGUUCUAUAAUAUUUGGAUUGGCCCAAUUCCUCAUAUAUCUCCAAUACCAGUUUGUGGAAAUUUAUUUAUUUAUUAAUUAUUAAUUAUUUGUGUUUUUUGGUUUCAUAAAAAAAAAAAAAAAAAAAAAAAAUUAUAUAUA